UACGAAUCGAGUAUCGAGUCAGAUCUCACAUGCCCCACACACCACUGGUGCUACGGUUUUUGAUAGUAUUCACACUUAUACAUGUUUCCCUCAGCAUUUUAGAUCUGAUGCACAUUUGUCAUUCGAUAAACUGAACUCGCAUUUACCAUUAGGCGGAACUAGUUGGACGGGCGGAACGUUUCCCCAGUGAAAAGGGUUCUCUUUUAAGUGUAACAACUGUUGUGGUGUUACACGAUUACAGCCUCGAGUCGAAAUUAGUUCUCUAGACUAAAUUUCAUUUUCAGUUAUGGAAGGCAGACGGGGACGCGGUGGGCAUUGGAAAAGAGGAGGUGGAGGUGGAGGUGGAGGUGAUGCUGAGACCAGCGGUUCAGGAGAGCACAGGGGUCGCGGAAGAGGAGGACCCCACCAUCGUGGAAGAGGCAAACGAGAUCAUCGUAGAGGAAGAGGGCGCGAGUUUGGACCUCCUGCAGACUUUAGAGACUUUCGACGAAAUCAAGAUGACAAUGAGAACAAAGAAAACUUUGAGCAAGAGGAAGAGGACAAGACCUUCUCUAGACGAAAGCUUGCAUCCAACUGGGACCGUUAUAAGGAAUCUGAGAAAGAAGAAAUUAAUGAAGAUGUUCCUGCGCAGAGAGGCACAGACUAUCAUGUCCUCCUCACUUCAGCUGGUAAGACAUGACUAGUACCCACUUAGAUCUG